UUGUCUUUGGAGAUGGGUCACUGGAUUUCCGAGGAGCCUUUUGAGCUUUUUGACCACUUCCCUGCAGCUCCCGUCUGUCGACUUGAGCGCCAUUUGUCUCCUGAGCAGUACCGGGGAACCCUCUUUGCCCAUCAGCCCGUGAUGUUCAUCACGCCGGACAGCAGCCCGCCGAGAGCCAAGCUGUGUGAGCUGGUCCUCCUGUGUGGAGGCCAAGUCAGCCAGGUUCCUCGCCAGGCCAGCAUUGUUGUCGGGCCCUACGCUGGGAAGAAGAAAGCAACAACCAAGUACCUGUCGGAAAAAUGGGUCUUAGAUUCCAUCACUCAGCACAAGGUCUGCGCCUUUGAAAACUACCUGUUGCUGUAGUGACGAAGACACCAGCACAUGGCAUCUGAAGACAGCUUGCAAAGCCGUCCUGGGAUGCUCAGGUUGGGAGUGGAUGGUGAAGAGAAGGAGCCCGAUAGCACAGGUCUACCUGGGGGUGAGGUGCUGUCCUACGUCUCACGUGAGGGAGCUCAUGUUUCAGACAGGCAUAGCCCACCCUGUCUGGGUCCUUUCUAUAUAAACCUGUUCUUUUUAUCUCAAUGAUAAUCACAUUAAAAGAUGGCAGAAUCUUGUCAUUAAAGCACUGUACUUUCAAAUAAA